CUCCUCCUCGUCGUCCCCCUCCCCUCUUCGUCCCCAACAGCAACCUCUCUAUCUCUCUCUCUCUCUCUUUCUCUCUCUCUCUCUACGCGGCAAUGGAGAAGAUGAGCAAAGCCCUAGAGAAGGCGAAGAUGCUCGUAGGGUUGGAGGUGGACGAAGAGAACGCCCAGGAGGAGGAGUCCUCCUCCUUCUUCGACGACUUCAAUCGCCAGUGCACGCUAUCCACUCAGCAGAGGUUGUAUGGUUUUGCCAUAUGUUUGGUUGCGGGUCUAGCAUGCACUUUCCUGUCAAUGCUUGUUUUCUUCAAUCCAAUCAAAUUCGGGAUAACAUUCACCUUUGGCAAUUUGCUUGCUCUCGGAAGCACAGCAUUUCUUAUUGGCCCCAAAAGACAAGUUGUCAUGAUGCUUGAUCCUGUCCGAAUAUAUGCGACUGCCAUAUUCACUGCUAGCAUCAUAAUUGCUCUAUUUUGUGCUCUAUAUGUGCACAAUAAGCUCCUAACACUUCUCGCCAUCAUCUUAGAAUUUGGUGCACUCGUGUGGUACAGUCUCAGCUACAUUCCUUUUGCGCGGUCGAUUGUUUCAAAAAUAAUGGUAUCGUGCUUCGACACCGACUUCUAGGAUGCCGAAAACGACAAAAUUGGUUUGCUUUCUGCGGCUUACCUCGUAAACGAAGUGGGUCCUCGAGCAAAAUUCUGCAUGCACAUGUUGUAAUUCCUUAAAAAAAAAAGAAAAAGAAAAAACUAUUCUGCGGCCUGCCUCUUUUUGUUGAUUUCUUGUAUAAAUUUUCAGUCGAAAUAUUGGUGUUUUUUUUAAGCUUUUAUUGACAUUUGAGAAGUAUUAGUACAGCUUAGUGGAGUUCAAUGUAUGAGAAAUGGUUAAAUAUUUUAGUUGGAAUUCCUUGGUAUCAAAUCUUCGUUUCUCUUAUGAAAUAUUUGGCUACCAGAAAACUCUCUAGUGCUGCUGAGAAGAUAGAUAUUCUGCAUGUAAUAAAAAACAUGAAAUAGAAGAAAUUUUUUUUUUUU